GCGUUUGAAUUCACAAUGAAGCAAUAAAAAGGAUUUGAGACAUAUUGAAAUAGAAGCAAAAUGACGGCAUUUAGAAGCAAGGAUUUGAGAUAUUUUAAGUAAAAACUCCAUAAAAUGAGAAUAGAUUCUGAAAAUUUAAAGUAAAAGCUGAAGAAAUUUGGAAAAGAUUUGAAAAAUCUUCGCUAAGAGCUGUAGAAAAUGAGAAUUUGACAGAUAUUAAAUUUAAAGCUCCAUAAAAUGAGAAGAGAUUCUAGAACUUCAAAGUAAAAGCGGAAGAAAAUUGCAAAAGAAUUGAAAAAUCUUUGCUAUAAAUGAAAAAUUGACAGAUAUUAUGUAAAGAGUUUACGAAAAUAAGAUAGGUAUUCAAAAAAAUAUAAGUAGGAGCGGAAGAAAACGAGAAAAGAUUCCAAGCUUUUUUCAAAAUACCAGAAUAAAAGCGGAAGAAAAUUAGAAAAAGAUUUGACAGAUGUUUUUAUACGUAAAAGCCGAAGAAAACGAGACAAGAUUUUAAAGCUUUGUGUGUGAUUUUAAGGUCUGGUGGGUGCAAAGAUCGAGUCUGGGCGAGUUGAGGAGGCCGCCAUCAAUGCAAAGAAAACAGCGUUUAAUGCACGAGCGGGGAUGAUUUGAGAGGUCUGAAGAGAUUCUAAGGCGUGUGUAGGCACGGAAGGAAUCUUUGAAGAAAGCAUUGUUGAAUAUAACAGGACAUGAAGUUUUGAUAGUUUUCUAAUACACGCUUUGUAUACGGAUCGAACCUCGGCGCGGCGGAGUAAAUAGAGAAUGCCCAAGAACACAAUAAAGAUUUAGAGAUUAUUUUAAGUGUGGUUUCCUGGAUGCUGCUCGGCGGAGUAAACGGUACGAAGAUAAGUCUUGAAAUUCUUGAAAACGGCGGUAAAUUUACAAGGAAGUAAUAAAUUUAAUAAAAGGUUUGAAGCGAAAACAACGAUAAGUGCAAAGAAAACGAUAAGAGAUUUGGAUUUUGAUUUUAAGGUCUGAGGAAAUGGAGUUAAAUGCAUAAGAAAAGAAGAUACAGAAAUGCAUGCGUACAACCGCCUGUCAAGCAGCGCACACAGCUCGCCAUCGCCGCCGUCUUCACCAAGGCGGUCCUCGCCGCGUUUGAGGCAUGGAAGAAACAAGAGCGGCCGCAUGCAGGGCAGUAUCGGUCCACCCCUGCCCCCCCGGACGUUUAUGCAGAAAUUCGCGUGGCUUUUGCUCUCUGUGCUUCUGAAGCGUCACGGACUAUUUUUGUUCGCACCGCUGAUUUAUAUAUCAGGAAUGUUGCUUUACAUGGGGACGGUCUCUUUUGAUGCUGGAGAAGUCGUCAGGCAUCAUCUUGCGCCGGGGUCUGUGUAUAGAAGCCCGCAGGUUUUCGAAAAUCUCUGGCCCGCAAUGCAAAUUGACAACGAGACGCACAACACGCUAAUAGCAGCAUGGCAGCAUCCUAGAGACGGUGAAAAAUGGAGACCUUGCAUCAAAGAGACUGAGAAUAAUGGAGGUUUGCCUGCUUCUAAUGGCUAUUUGUUUGUUGAAGCAAAUGGUGGCUUAAAUCAGCAACGUGUCUCGAUCUGCAAUGCGGUAGCUGUGGCAUACCUUUUGAAUGCAACCCUUGUUAUUCCCAAUUUUCAUUUCAAUUCCAUCUGGAAAGAUCCUAGUAAGUUUAAGGAUAUAUAUGAUGAGGAGUACUUCAUUGAUACAGUUAGAAAUGAUGUUAGAGUUGUCAGGAAGCUGCCAGAAGCUGUAAUGGAGAAGUUUGACAACAAUAUGAGCAAUAUUUUUAAUUUCAAGGCAAAGGCAUGGUCACCUGUCAAUUACUAUGAAGAAAAAGUUCUACCCAAAUUGCUAGAGGAUGGUGUGAUACGGAUUUCUCCAUUUGCCAAUCGAUUGUCACAAGAGGUUCCACCCUCAAUUCAGCGUAUGAGAUGUUUGGCAAAUUAUGAAGCACUAAGGUUUGUUGAUCCGAUUGGUGCUCUUGCAGACCAGUUAGUACAACGCAUGAUUCAGCAUAGCUCCACAAGCAAUGGAAAAUAUAUUGCUGUCCAUCUUCGAUUUGAAGAGGAUAUGGUAGCAUUUUCGUGUUGUGUAUAUGAUGGGGGCAAGGAAGAAAAGGAGGAAUUGGAUGUUGCCCGGGAAAAAGGCUGGAGGGGCAAGUUCAAUAGAACAGGCCGUGUCAUUAGACCUGGGCAAAUCAGGAUGAAUGGGAAAUGUCCCUUAACUCCCUUGGAGGUUGGUAUGAUGCUUAGGGGAAUGGGAUUUGAUAACAACACAUCAAUUUAUUUAGCAGCUGGGAAAAUAUAUAAGGCAGAGAAGAACAUGUUGCCCCUCAAGCAAAUGUUUCCUCUAUUACAGACCAAAGAGUCACUUGCCACAGCUGAUGAACUUACUCCUUUCAAGAAUUACUCAUCAAGAAUGGCUGCGCUAGACUAUUCUGUUUGCCUACACAGUGAAGUUUUUGUCACAACUCAAGGGGGAAACUUUCCUCAUUUUCUGAUGGGACACCGAAGAUACUUAUAUGGAGGACACAGCAAGACAAUCAAACCUGACAAAAGAAAGUUGGCAUUGCUAUUAGACAAUCCAAAGAUAAGUUGGAAGACUUUUAAGCAACAAAUGCAAGCCAUGCGACAUCAUAGCGAUGUUAAGGGAAUUGAAAUAAGAAAAGUUAACGCUUCAGUAUAUACCUUUCCUGCACCAGAUUGCAUGUGCCGUGAGAGACAUAUGGAAACUUUGGAAGCAUGAGCCAUUUGGUUAUAGCAUAAUCAUGAAAAGAGUACAUUCUUUUUCAAUUGGAGAUUUCUAUUGAUGUACCUGUACUGUAUGGUGAUUGAAGAGUUCUUCUACUCCCACAAUUUUAUUCUAGCUGCAUUGUGUUCCAUUCUUUCAAUCCUUGGAAAGGGAAACAUACACUGCUAAGUUGCUGAGAAUUUGAUUGCAUGGUACAUCAGCCCUAUAUCAGGGUCCAUUUGAGCUCCCACCUGUUGAAUGAUAGCACUGGAGACAACUUCCAUACUGUAUUGCAGGAACAAUGCUAAAUUUCAGAGUUGUAUACUUGUGAUCUGACCAGUUGACAAACAAACUACUUAAACAGAACAGCUGUACUUCAAACCAAUGACAUAUAAAGAAACUAAAUGAGAAAUUCUUGUACCAUAUUUGUACACUUUUGUAGCGUAAGUGGAGUUUGAAAUUCAAAUUAUUUGUUCCCAUUCAAGGGAAUUACCCUCUUAUAUCCUGUAGUUUUGGGAUAUUGUAUCAUUUGGAGAACAAGACAUUGUAAGAAUUUUUCGAUGUUCAUGGCGGGGGGUGGAUUGAAUACCUUCCGUGAGAACAUAGUUUUUUUUGUCCUAUUUUUCAGUUGCAAACAUUCAUUUAUUCUUGGAUUUUA